AUUGACCUCUUAGGUGUACCGCGCUCUAGGACUGUUUUUUGAGGUCAACCCGGAUUAGAAAUUAUGUCAGGACGAGGCAAGGCAAGAAAGGCAGCUGGCGGCAAGAAACACACAAAAUCCAAUAGGGCUGGCUUGGUGAUUUCCGUCAGUAGAGUUCAUCGUUAUAUGAAGAAAGGUCGAUAUGCUCGGCGAACGUCCAUCGCUGCAUCAGUGUAUAUGUCUGCUGUUAUUGAAUACUUAGUAGCUGAAGUGAAUGAAUUGUCAGGAAAUGCUGCAAAGGCAAACAAAAGGUGGGGGGUUUUCAUUAUUUUCGUUUUGGUCUUUUAAUGUCAUUAACUAGAAUUUUGAGAUAUUUUGGCACUAACUUGCUCAUACUUGUUCAUACUAGUUUGUGUCUUAUAGAAAUAAGUUAAAAAUCCUCUUAAGGUAGGUAUUUAUAUGUUUUGAUGCGUAUUAAAGGACUAAUUAUCAGUCUACGAAUAUAUCGUCAUUGACCCGCAUCCCGUUUGCCAAGUAUGCUUGCACUGUGUAUCUAGUGUUGGUUCGUUUCCCGAAUGUCUAUGUGUACAAGUUUAGCAGAUUGCUCCUGUGUCAGUUACUCCAGCAUAUAAUCACGUUCGCAGAGUUACAUGAAGAAGAAGUGAAGAUUAUCAGUUAACCUAAAAAGAGCUGAUUUAAGUACAUGACUUGCAAUGUAUACUCCUCAAACAGUUGAAUUCCAGCUCGUCGUUCUGCGUAGAUCACAUAUGCUUUGGUUCCCACUAAGUUUCCAAAAGUCCAGAACUCAGUGGAAAACUAUUACACCAAGACAUAUAAUGUUGGGAGUUCGAAAUGAUGCUGAGUUAAAUGAAUUGUUAAAGCACGUACAUAUUAGCCAUGGCGGAGUCCUACCGUGCAUCCAUCCUGCUUUAUUAAAGAGAAAAGGUGUGCUCACGAAUUCUCCAGGACAAGGUGGAGCUGCUAUCUCCGGGACAAGCUUGUCUUCUCGUCAAGCCUCUUCUGGCAUCACCUCAAGUGCAAUGGUGACUUCAUAGAGUAAAUAUGCAAACAUGUUUACUCCUUAUGGACUAUAAUCUUUGUUUUUCCCUUUCCUAUCUUCUCCAUAAGUUGUCAGGGUACAUGAUUUCAUUGUAUUUUACCCAUCAUUUGAAGUAUUGUAGUUAUUCUACUACCAAAAUAAAUACUCAUACUUAGGAUUGUUUUCUUUACUAAAUUAAAAUAUCUAUUAAGAAAACUCAUUUGUACCAUUCAAGUUAUCUGUUUCAACUAACUUUGUGUACUUCACUUUUGUCGUUUUUCCUUUGUCAAUGGUUAGCGAUCUUUUUAAUACGAUUGCUAGCCUUUUUCUAAUUGAAUGCUUUAGUCAUAUCUGUUAUAUUCUAUUCUCAAUGUUUUUCUUUCGCAACAUGUUGAAUAAAACGUCUAAUAGUUCU